AUGCCCCCGAAACACCCAAACCCACCGGGUCACCGGGUAAAUCCCGCAGACCGACUCGCGCUGGCGAUAAUCGGCCUCAAAACGGGCAAAUACACCACUCCCCGCGAAGCAGCCACCCAGAACGGCGUCCCAGAGACAACUCUCCGCACGCGCGUCAAAUCCGUCCCUACAUGCGCACUUCUACGCGUCCGAAAAUCCAGAUCCACCAAUGCGCGCCCCAAACCACUCCGCCUUACCAGAACGGAGGAAAACACCCUCUACAACUGGAUCAUCGACGUCCACGGGAGCGGGCGUGACCUGGACCCAUCGUCCAUCCAAGACAUGGCCAAUACCCUCCUAUCCAAGCGCAGUGGCAGCCACGGCUUCCGCGUAUCCAAAGGCUGGGUAUCAGGAUAUCUCCAAUUCCACCCCGACAUCGCCGCGAUCCUCGAGCAGCAUAAACAACGGCUUCAAGCACUGAACCUACGCGUGACGAAUUCUUUCGCUGAAAGCGGUGAUUCUAGGACGGUUUGUGCGAAUUUCUUGCAUAAUACGAGAAUGUACGCUUUAGAGCAGAAUCGGAUGGAAGGGGAGUUGCUGGAGAGGUGUGAGGAGGCAUAUAAGGCUGAUCCGAGUUCGGUGCGACAGUUGUUUUUGGAUGCUAGGAGUGAGCGGGAUCGGAUGGAACUGUUGGUGAAGGUGCAGUUCGAUGCGGGGCUCCAGAUGAUUGAUCAGUUUUGGUUUAGGGGUGAGAAUUGUAAGAGUUUCUUGAAAGAGGUUGAGGAGACUGAGGCUGUUAUGGAGGAUACGGAGGACUUGAAAGGGGAGAUUCAGAGGGAGUUUGGAGGGUUGGAGGAGGAUGAUGAGGAUGAGGACGAAGAGGAAGAGGAAGAGGAAAAAGAGCAAAAGGAGAAGGUAUAA